GACAGUGGGUGUCACUUGGGAGCAGAGAGCAUCCCUGGAGAUUCCAGAGACCACUGAGACUGAACAGUCGGUCUUUCAAGAGGCCCAUGGGAAUAUCCUUCGCCCAGGCCCCUUCCUAAAUCUCUGGCCCCAAGUCUUUUGCACACUCAUGUCCACUGGACCACCAGAAGGAACGGCCUCUAAGACUUUGAAUGCUGGCGGUCCGGGCACUGCCGUAAUGACUAAUCAGUCCCAGACCCGGGACAGAGCUUAAGCUUUCUUAGAGGAAGUGCCAGGACCUUUAAAGGGCACCUUUCAUCUCCCUCACAUCCGCCCCGAAUCCCACAGACGCAGCACCAAGAGGAAGCAUCCAACAGGCAUGGGUGACAGGGGCACAAGAUGUCUGCAGGGAGCCUUCCAGGACCUACUGGCAGCUGCUCCAGCUCCAUCCUUGCUCUCCUCCUUUCUUAAGCUUUGAUCAUCCUUUCAGACCCUAGGGUAUCUCCCCUGGGUCCUGGCUCCCCCAGGCUCCACAAAGGGACAGCCUGUGGAUCUUAGGAAGUCCUUGGGUGCUUAGAGGUUCCCAAGGAAAUGUUGAGCGAUGAUAGCACACUCUCAGAAGUUCCACCUUCCAGACUCAGGCCUCUAAUGUAGCAGCCUUCCCUGUACCUGGACUGCUGGGCCUAGGGACACAGCUCUCAUGGGCUCCCUACAACACUGCUGCUGCCAACUGCCAAAGAUGGGUGAUACCUGGGCCCAGCUUCCCUGGCCUGGACCUUCCUACCCAGCCUUGUUGCUGGUCUUCUUCCUCUUGGCAGCUGGUGUGAUGCAUUCCGAGGCGGGUACCAGCUGCCCGGUCCUUUGUACAUGUCGUAACCAAGUAGUGGACUGUAGCAACCAGCGGCUGUUCUCUGUGCCCCCGGACCUGCCGAUGGACACCCGCAACCUCAGCCUAGCGCACAACCGCAUUGCAGCCGUGCCACCAGGCUAUCUCACAUGCUACAUGGAACUCCGCGUGCUGGAUUUGCGAAACAACUCUCUGAUGGAGCUGCCGCCCGGCCUCUUCCUCCAUGCCAAGCGCUUAGCACACCUGGAUCUGAGCUACAACAACCUCAGCCACGUGCCAGCCGACAUGUUCCGGGAGGCUCACGGACUGGUACAUAUCGACCUAAGCCACAACCCCUGGCUACGGAGGGUGCACCCCCAGGCCUUCCAGGGCCUCGUGCAUCUCAGAGACCUGGACCUCAGCUAUGGUGGCCUGGCUUUCCUGAGCCUCGAAGCCCUUGAGGGCCUCCCGGGGCUGGUGACCCUGCAGAUCGGGGGUAACCCAUGGGUGUGCGGCUGCACCAUGGAGCCCUUGCUGAAGUGGCUGCGGAAUCGAAUACAGCGCUGUACAGCGGAUUCUCAGCUGGCUGAGUGCCGGGGACCUCCUGAAGUUGAGGGUGCCCCCCUCUUCUCUCUCACUGAAGAGAGCUUCAAGGCCUGCCACCUGACUCUGACCCUGGACGAUUACCUCUUCAUCGCGUUCGUGGGCUUCGUGGUCUCCAUUGCUUCUGUGGCCACCAACUUCCUCCUGGGCAUCACGGCCAACUGCUGUCAUCGCUGGAGCAAGGCCAGCGAAGAAGAAGAGAUUUGACACAGGUGCCUCUCCUUCCUCCAUGCUGCUGACCACUGCUGCUGACCACCGCUGGACACCUUGGCUCA